GUAAAAACUAUCCACUGUCCCACUCCAUUCCACUGCUCCGCUCGCCGAUUGUCAACUUCCACCACUAGAUCACAAGAAUAAUAAUGGGUUUUCCAUCAAUUUUAAGUCGGAUUGCCAUCUCCAGGAACCUGCUUUCCUCUAAACCCACCAAUCCUUCCAUCUUAUUGUCCUCUCGUUGGUUUUCGAAUCUCGUUGCUAACAACACCGACAAGGCGGAGAGCAGCCUACCAUCAACUUUGGCUGCUUAUCAUGUCAGCUCUGGUGGGUAUAUGCGAGGGACCAUCUUCUGGGAACCCGAUACCCCCCUCACUAUUGAAGAAUUUCAUAUGCCUCGUCCUAAAGCUGGAGAAGUUCUUAUUAAAACCAAGGCCUGCGGAGUAUGCCACUCUGAUCUUCAUGUUAUAAAAGGCGAAAUACCAUUUUCUAGUCCUUGUGUUAUCGGGCACGAGGUAACUGGGGAAAUCGUUGAACAUGGGCCACUUACCGAUCGCAAAAUCAUCGAAAGAUUUCCAAUUGGAUCUCAAGUGGUGGGAGCUUUUAUCAUGCCUUGUGGUAACUGUUUCUUCUGUUCUAAGGGCCAUGAUGAUUUAUGUGAAGACUUCUUUGCCUAUAAUCGGGCGAAGGGGACCCUUUAUGAUGGGGAAACACGGCUUUUCCUCCGCAACAGUGGAAAACCGGUAUACAUGUAUAGCAUGGGAGGCCUUGCUGAAUACUGUGUCAUUCCAGCACAUGGUUUAGCUAUUUUGCCAAAAUCAUUGCCAUACACUGAGUCUGCAAUUUUAGGAUGUGCUGUAUUUACUGCUUAUGGUGCCAUGAGACAUGCGGCUGAGGUCUGCCCUGGGGAUUCCAUUGCUGUGAUUGGAGUCGGAGGUGUUGGUUCAAGUUGUUUGCAGAUAGCAAGAGCAUUUGGCGCCUCUCUAGUUAUUGCUGUGGAUAUUCAGAAUGAUAAACUGCAGAAAGCUAAGACUUUGGGUGCCACUCAUACAGUAAAUGCAAUAGAAGAAGAUGCCAUUGAACGGAUUAAAGAAAUUACUGGAGGACCAGGUGUUGACAUUGCUGUGGAAGCCUUGGGGAAACCUCAAACAUUUUUGCAGUGUUUACAAAGCGUAAGGGAUGGUGGAAAAGCAGUGAUGAUUGGACUUUCAAAAGCUGGAGCUAUAGGUGAAGUGGACAUCAAUCGACUUGUUCGUAGAAAGAUAAGAGUGAUAGGUUCGUAUGGAGCGAGGGCAAGGCAGGAUCUACCAAAGUUGGUAAAACUAGCAGAAACAGGAAUCUUCAAUCUAAACAAUGCUGUUUCUCGAAAAUACAAAUUUGAAGAGGGAAAUAAAGCAUUUCAGGAUCUUAACCAGGGAAGAAUUGUCAGCCGAGGUGUAAUUGAGAUAAUGUAAGUUGCUUUUCCUUUUCUCAACAAUAAUACAACUUUGACACAUGCAAUUCAGCAAAAUCAAAGUAAUAUUGGGACAUUAUGGAGUUGUGGUUGUCACAUUUCCCAUUAUGUUUGUUGUAAUGUUUUCCUCUGUAAUUGUCUGGUAGUAUGUAUUUUACUGUCACCAUGAUCCGAGGAAUGUUCAAUCAAGUAUUAGAAUUGGGGUUACAUGUCA